AUGAACACGGAUUCAAAGGAAUGGCUUGAAAAUGCCAUUGAUAAGAAAUGGAUAAAAAUAUUUAAUUAUGAUAUGUUUAGAGAAAUUGAGCAUGUCUCGACGACAAUGCUAAAAGAUGUUAAAAAAGCUCAAGAAAAAUGCGGCAAGAAGGUGAUCCUUGAAUAUUUAAAAGAUGAUGUUUAUGAGAUCGAAGAUAAUUAUUACACGAAUUUUGUCAGAGAGGUGCAGAAUUUAAUUAAGUUAAAUGAUAGUGAAAACAUAAUCAAAUUUUUAGGAAUUAGCAAAGAUCCGUCUCAGAAAUUUUAUUGUAUUGUAUUUCAAUGUGCAUACGGCGAAGAUCUUAGGAUGUAUUUGCAGAAAAAUUCAGCGAAACUAAGUUGGCCUGCCAGAGUAAAAAUAGCAAAGGAGGUUAUUAAUGGCAUGCGUGAUGUUCAUCGUGAAAAUAUUGUUCACUGCAAUUUGAAUCCUAAAAAUAUUCUGAUAUAUAAUGACAGGCCAGUGAUCAAGGGAUUUGAUACCUCUAUAUCACUCGAUGGUCCAAGCAGAUUUUUGGAAACCCGUGAAGAAUGA